AUGCACGAGCAUCCAUUUACAGUUGUGGAGGAUGAGGGUUUUAACAUGAUGCAAAAAUGUGGUAUGUCACUAUGGGAGAAGAUAACGCGUACUGCUUUGAAACAACAUUGUGUGACUGUGUAUGAAAUACAAAAGAAGAAGUUAGUUAAUUUGCUUAAGAGUAUUAACAAGAUUAGUUUGACAAUUGAUCUAUGGAAUUCUUCUAAUCAGAAGCUUGAGUACAUGGUUGUCACCGGACAUUUUAUUGAUAAUGAUUGGAAGUUGCAGAAGCGUGUGCUCAAUUUUGUUCAUAUACUGGCUCCUCGACUUGGUGUUGAGAUUGCUAUUGCUAUUCAUAAGUGUUUAAUUGAAUGGGGAAUUGAGAACAAAGUGUUCAGUAUCUCGGUUGACAAUGCUUCAAGUAAUGAAGCGGCAAUCAAGAUUUUGAGGGAGAAUUUAGGAAGAAACAAGAAGCUAAUGUGUGGUGGGAGAUUGUUUCAUCAAUUAGAGACCAGAGCAAUUAUGUUUGUAGAGAUUGUUCAGAUGUUGCAGUUGCCCAAACGGAAACUCAUACUUGAUUGCAAAACAAAGUGGAAUUCUACUUAUCAGAUGUUGACACUUGCAAUUCAGUACAAAGAUGUGUUUCCAAUGUUAGUUCAAUUGGAUAAUAACUUUACUUUUGCCCCAAUAGAUGAAGAUUGGGAAAAACUUAAGAAAGUGUGUGAGAUUUUGGAAGACUUCAACUCGGCAACCAAUGUCAUAUCGGGGAGUGAGUACCCCACUUCUAACAUAUUUUUGCAAGAAAUUGUUGAUAUAAAAGAGUUGCUAGAUGAAAAGUGUUCUGAUGAUGAUGAUUUCAUUCGGUCAAUGGUGGGAAAGAUGAAAGAAAAGUUUGACAAGUAUUGGGGGGAAUGCAAUUUCAUAAUGGCAAUUGCAGCUGUAUUGGAUCCGAGGAUGAAAAUGAGGAUGUUGCAAUUUGCCUACCCACAAAUGUAUCCUCAUAAAGAAGCACAAGACAAAAUUGAUGAAGUGCAAGCUGCCUUGUAUGAGAUUUAUGAGGAAUAUGCAGCGGAAACUCAAUUUGCCAACAGUGAACCACCCAUAGAAAUCAAUAAAGUUCAGCGGGACAAUGUACAACGCCCUAAACGUACUAGUUCACGGUUUUGCCAGUUUGUUAGGACAACUGAAACGGUGCAACAUGAGAAAUCUAAGUUAGAUCGUUAUCUAGAGGAGAAAUGUUUGUUAUGGGACAAGGAUGAUACCUCAUUUGAUGCGUUACAGUGGUGGAAGGUAAAUCAAACAAACUAUCGCAUUCUAUUUAAGAUGGUUCGUGAAAUACUUGCAAUUCCAAUCACCACAGUCGCUUCGGAGGCAACUUUUAGUGCGGGGAGUCGAGUUAUUGACACUUAUCAAUCAUCGUCGUCUCCUGAUACCGUGCAAAUGCUAUCUGUGGUGGUGAUUGGUGUCACAAUCUCUAUGGAGUCAAGAAAAGUUAUAAAAGAAGACAAAUGCGGAGUUUCGGCUUCCGAUCCUAUGAAGUUUUGGUGGAAUCUUAACAGAUCAACUUCAACUGGAGCUCAAGAGAUGUUAAACUUAGCUGUCAAAUAUAGCAAGGCAGUUCAAGAGGAAGAUGAGUUGCCACCAGAAAAGCUGGCAAUUGCUAAUGUAGCAAGGCAAGAUGCUAAGAAGCACCUUGAGGAACAUGUGUCCAACCUGAUGUCUUCAAACAUAGUGCAGACUCUGGGAACCAUGCUUGAUACAGUUGUAUUUUGA